AUGUGGAGACUAAAAAUUGGAGCCAAAGCCGGAGAUGAUACUCACUUGUUCUCCACGAACAACUACGUUGGGAGGCAGAUUUGGGAGUUUGAUGCCAACGCAGGCUCUCCAGAGGAACUUGCCGAGGUCCAGGAGGCUCGUCGGAAUUUCUCAGACAACAGAUCACGUUUCAAGACCAGUGCCGAUCUAAUAUGGCGGAUGCAGUUUCUUAGAGAGAAGAAAUUUGAGCAGAAGAUUCCACGAGUGAAAGUAGAAGAUGCAGAGAAAAUAACGUAUGAUGAUGCAAAGACGGCAUUGAGAAGAGGGUUACUCUAUUUCACGGCCUUGCAGGCUGAAGAUGGACACUGGCCAGCUGAAAACUCUGGUUCCAUUUUCUUCAAUGCCCCUUUUGUUAUAUGCUUGUACAUCACUGGACAUCUAGAAAAAAUCUUCACUCUCGAGCAUCUUACUGAGUUGCUACGUUACAUGUACAACCAUCAGAACGAAGACGGUGGUUGGGGAUUACACGUAGAAAGCCACAGUAAUAUGUUCUGCACAGUCAUUAACUACAUUUGCUUACGAAUUUUGGGAGUAGAAGCCAGUCAUGAUGAUCAAGGAAGUGCUUGUGCAAGGGCUCGUAAGUGGAUUCUCGACUGGUGCCAUGGUGGUGCUACCUACACGCCCUUGAUCGGAAAAGCUUGGCUUUCGGUUCUUGGAGUGUAUGAUUGGUCUGGCUGCAAACCAAUACCCCCUGAGUUCUGGUUACUUCCUUCUUCUUUUCCAAUUAAUGGAGGAACGCUCUGGAUUUAUUUAAGGGAUAUUUUCAUGGGGUUGUCAUACUUGUAUGGUAAAAAGUUUGUUGCUACCCCAACACAGCUCAUUCUCGAGCUCCAAGAAGAGCUUUAUCCGGAGCCAUACUCCCAAAUAGAUUGGAGGCAAACACGAACCCGAUGUGGAAAUGAAGAUCUCUACUACCCACGCUCAUUUUUACAAGAUUUGUUUUGGAAAGGUGUUCAUAUAUUCUCAGAGGGUAUGCUAAAUCGAUGGCCUUUCAAAAACCUCAAAAGGGAAAGAGCUCUUCGAACCACUAUUGACCUCCUUCACUAUCAUGAUGAAGCCAGCAGAUACAUUACCGGCGGAUCUGUGCCAAAAGCCUUUCAUAUGCUUGCAUGUUGGGUAGAAGACCCAGAGGGUGAUUAUUUCAAGAAACAUCUUGCUCGAGUCCCCGAUUUCAUAUGGAUUGGCGAGGAUGGCCUGAAAAUUCAGUCUUUUGGGAGCCAAUUGUGGGAUACAGCCUUGUCGCUGCAUGUUCUGAUAGACGGUGUUGAUGAUGAUGUUGAUGAUGAGUUUAGAUCAACACUCCAUAAAGGGUAUGAUUACUUGAAGAAAUCUCAGGUUACAGAUAACCCUCCCGGCGAUCACAUAAAAAUGUUUCGUCACAUUGCAAAAGGUGGAUGGACGUUUUCGGACCAAGAUCAAGGAUGGUCAGUUUCAGAUUGUACUGCUGAGAGUUUAGAGUGCUGUCUAUUCUUCGAGAGCAUGCCGUUCAAGUUUAUUGACCAGAAAAUGGAUGUGGAUAAACUCUAUGAUGCCGUUGAUUUGCUUCUCUAUAAGCAGAGCGAUAAUGGAGGUGAAACAGCAUGGCAACCAGCGGAUGGGAAAACCUGGUUAGAGUGGCUUAGUCCAGUCGAGUUUGUUGAAGACGCGGUCGUCGAGCAUGAGUAUGUAGAAUGUACCGGAUCCGCGAUUGUAGCGUUGGCUCAGUUCGUGAAACAGCAUCCAGAAUACAGAAAGGAGGAGGUUGAAAGGUUUAUAACAAAAGGCGUGAAAUACAUUGAGGACUUGCAAAUGGUGGAUGGUUCAUGGUAUGGAAACUGGGGGGUGUGCUUCAUCUAUGGGACAUUCUUUGCGAUAAGAGGUCUUGUGGCUGCAGGCAAGACGUACAAUAACUGUGAGGCAAUUCGUAGAGCGGUUUGUUUCCUUUUGGACAAGCAGAACUCAGAGGGCGGCUGGGGAGAGAGCUAUCUUUCUUGUCCAAGCAAGAUAUAUACUCCUUUGGGGGGAAACAUAACAAACGUGGUGAAUACAGGACAAGCACUUAUGGUUCUAAUCAUGGGUGAUCAACUGGAGAGAGAUCCUUUGCCGGUUCAUCGAGCCGCCAAAGUGUUGAUCAAUUCACAGUUGGAUAACGGCGAUUUUCCACAACAGAUGAAUGUAAUGCUACAUUAUCCAACCUAUAGGAACAUUUACUCUCUUUGGGCCCUCACACUUUACACGCAGGCUCUGCGGCGGCUCCUACACUGACAACUUCAUAUUUCAGUCUUAUAUUCAUGAAACACUUCUAAAAUUAAUCCUAAUAAUUUACUGCAAGAACACAGCUAUGGAA